GUUGCCCGCGAGCCAAAUCCGCCCUUUCUUGCUUUGCUUGGCUUUGCUGUGUGUUUCGCUCAGCCAGCCUACCGUCAACUCCUACCGAAAAAAUGGUCCAUCCGUUUAAAUGAACGGCGGAGCCCGCCUCUUACUACGCCGCUCGUGAGUCGCUGCUUGCACCCCCCGUCGGCCGCUUCUUGUCCCCUUUCUUCAACAUCUUGUUUUCCUUCCUAUCCCCCUUUCUUCUACGAGUCGGUCGCAUGAUCAGUGUCUGUCUACCACUCGCUGUCUGACGCUGUUACACCAGAAGUCGGCAUCGAGAUUCACCAUCCUCUCGACGGAAGGAAGAUACACGGCCACCAACAAGUCUAGCCACGAAACAGGCAACGAGCAUUUCACUACGCACGACGACGACAUCAUCACGACCAGCCACACGACGUCCCGAUUGCAUUGAAUGUGCUUGUUGUUUCGAGCGAUUAGACUUUCCGACUUCAAGAACCACCCGAUCUGAUUCCCGAGGGCUGUCCUUUGCCGGUUCAAACCACUACAGGACGAGCACACAACAUUCUAAGAGGAACGGAAUCCACACUCCCAUAACACUCUUGGAACCCCACGCAACUCAGACAUCAUGGCCGACGUGAAGCCUCCUAGCGGAAAAUUGCCGUAUGGCACUCCCGAAGGCGGCUGGAAGGCAGUACACACAUGGAGAACUCCGGACUGGGUAGAACCAAUCCUGAUUGUAUCCAUCAUGCUCAUCGGCUUGUACGUCAGUCGGAGGAAGAACUAUUCGAUCCUCCGCCGCGGAAACGCGACAUACGAACCUCUAUUUGAAGAGAGAGGGGACUCACCCCGCAUCUCCGACGAGUCCUACGAUCCUAUCCGGACCGAUCCUUUCCCGCCCAAAUACCGUACCAUCUUUGGAUGCUAUCGCGUCAAGACCCCGAACUCGAGCCGUUUUGCGAGACAUGUUCACUCGAGAAUUCUGCAAAAGUUCCCCUUCCUCAUCGAAAUGUUCUACUGGGCCAUCUCCUUCUUCUUUUACCGCAUGACGGCAACCCUGGCUCAGAGCUACUACGGCAGCAGAAAGGCUGUCUGGGAUGUCGCACAGGAGCACGGCCUGUUUCUUCUCGAGACCGAGGCCAAGUUCUUCGGCGAGGGUACCAGAACCGGUCCCGAGCGCUGGGUUGAAUGGCGCGUUUCUCACUGGUUUCUCGAGGGCGCUCAAAUCGACGACUUCCGUGGCAUUUGGCUGACCAUCCUGAACCGCGGAUACUCCCUGAUCCAUAUCCCUGGUACCGUCGGCUUCAUUGCCUACUACUUCGCCAUGGCUCCCACUCACGCUCGCUUCUGCACUGUCCGUCGCACAAUGACCUUGUUGAACAUGUGUGCCUUCAUCAUCUUCAUCUUCUACCCGUGCGCGCCGCCCCGUCUGAUGCCCUCCGAGUACGGCUUCGUCGACACGGUCAACCUCGAGAACGCCGAGAGUGUCUGGAUGAGCGGCAAGUUCGUCAACAAGCUGGCUGCCAUGCCCUCUAUGCACUUUGGCUACGCCUUCGCCAUCGGCUGUGUUUUCAUCGCCGACUCGGCCAUCCUCAACCUUCUCUUUGGUCGCUUGAGGAACUACCUGCUGCGCAACGACUUGGACAAGUCGCUGGAUAUUGAUGACGUCGAGCUCAAGGAGAUCCAGGAGAACCGCGCACGCUGGAAGAGCUGGGCCAUGUUCUGCUUCGGUGUCUUUUAUCCGAGUUGGAUUCUGUUGACAAUCGUCGGCACCGCCAACCAUUACCUCAUGGACGCCUUCGUCGCUACCUUCUGCGCGUUGGUUGCGUACCUCUGCAAUCGUGCCCUGCUGGUUUUCCUCCCCGCUGAGGACAUGUUGCUCUGGGCCUUGAGACUGGAGAAGCCGGUGCCGACAACGGGCCGCAUGAAGAACAUUGCUGUCCGGUAGAGAAUUCGGUUGUGUGGGAAAAGCGCGUCAAAAAGACAUGGAAUCAAGGUCUCUUUGACGAGUCGUCCAUUUAAAGCAUCGCAGAGGCGUUGGGAAAGGAAUAAAGGCCUCCUUUUAUAUCUUUGCACACUAUGCCCCUGGGUCAAUCCCGUGUGUGCCG